AUGGAUACUCUGCAAAGCACUGCUUACAACAAAAUUCACCUUAACACACCUAAUGUUUUUGUUAAUGAUAAACGUGUAGUUAGCUCAGAAUUUUUUUCAGUAGAUGCGACUACCUUACGUGGAAUCUCCGCUGAAAUAAACGAUGAAUCAGAACAAUUAUAUGAAUUACUUCUUAACAAGAAAGAUGAUAUUGAUCGGGUACUUAAAUCGCAACCUGUCUAUGCUAUAGGACCUAGUUUCGAUAAAAACUGUUUUUCCCCAAGCAUUACCUGUUGGGUAACAAGUUGCAUAAAACCAUCAAUUUUAGAGCAACUUGAGGAAAUAUUUAAUUAUGAAUAUAUAGCAGAAAGCGAGGUAAUUGAAGUUGUUGAACCAAUGGAUGGGAUUGUUUUAUCAAGCGACCAUAAUACUACUAAAAGGGGUCAUGGUGGUAUUGAUGCUGGUCGCAGUGGUGACGAUCGCAGUGGUGGUGGCCGUAGUGGUGGUGAUAACAGUGGUGAUGAUGAUAAGUUUAUCUCAGUCUCUUCUGUAGCACAUGUUGGAACUGAAGAUCAUAUUCAAACAUUAGAUAUCCGCACUCAUUUUCAUGCAAAAAUUGACCAAAUAGACCAAAAGUUCUUUAUCAAUGUUGAUGUUACUUGUGGAGUGAAUGAAAUGCUUAGUACGAAAUGGAAACAACUUGCACGAGAGGGAUAUGGCUAUUCCCUUGAAUCUCUUAGGAUUGAAAUUGCCCCAAUUGCAAGUGGAAAUUAUCGAGGUGCGCUGAUUUGGGAGGACUGUUUGUUUCCUCGGGAGGAAGAUGCUACAGCUAUAUCUGAUGAAUGGAAAUUGCGUAUAGCAGGCACCUGUGCUACUGGUUAUAUUUGGCAUUAUGAAUUAAAAUCUGAUAACCCAAAACUUGAAUUUAGGCCUGGAUCUCAUAUAUGUGGAGGGAGGAUUGUAAGUGAGAAUUUGUGCGGGUUUCGUGUCACAGUUACUGAGAUAUUACGUUUCAAGUUCACCUCAUAUAUUCCAAAACCUUCAAGAUACAGGUUUAUGAAGUGUCCAAAAAUAGCCCAUGUUCUUGAAAUGACAUUCAAUGAUCUUAAAGACUUCAACAAAAAAUUCGCAACACUUGGUUGUCAUACGGGAGAUGUUGAUGAGGGUACCUUUCUUGUAAGUGAUACGUCCCACAACAAGACCACUACAACAAAUUCUGGUAUUGUUGAUUUCGAACGUUCAGAUGAUUGA